UCACAAUUGAAAUGCAGCGAGGUGAAUGUCUUUUCUUUGCACUCCUGUCACCUUUUGCCAUUACAAUAUAAUUUACUGCAACUAGUAUAAACUUCAUGGGUUCUUUGGAUAAAAUUUUCGGAGGAGCUGCUUGCUUGGCUGCAGCUCUCAUUUUUGUAUACUACUCCAUCUGGACAUUUUACGUCCCAUAUUUGGAUGAUUCAAGUUCUCUUGCACAAUUCUUUCUUCCUCACAAAUAUGCAAUUUAUAUUCCAGCUGCAACCUUAGUUGCUGGCCUUACUUUUAUAUCAGCUUUUUUCCUGAAAGCGUCAUCGAAGAACAAAAGUAAACAAAAAGCCAAAUAACAUGGACUCAGUGAAGAAAAUACGGUCCGUAAUCACGCAAAUUCAAACAAUAGCAUAAUAAUGAAAAUAUUUUUAAACCUUGCAAUAAAUCAACUGCACCAAUUUAUCAAUUAUUUCCUUAUAUGACUUGGACAUCUUCUGGAUAUCACAUAUUAAUACAUCUAUUAUAUAUCAAUGAAGGAAUCCGGGAUUUAUCCAUAUUAGACAAUGUGCUUUGGAAAAAUCAAAGUAUGAUUUCUUUUGAAAUAAAAGUUGAUGUUUAUCACUAAG